AUGGCUGGAAAAAAAAUUGCUGGUGUCUUGGGUGCCACAGGUUCUGUGGGUCAACGUUUCAUUCUUUUGUUGGCUGACCAUCCUCAUUUCGAAUUGAAAGUCCUUGGGGCCUCUUCCAGAUCUGCCGGUAAGAAGUACAUCGACGCCGUCAACUGGAAACAGACCGACCUGCUACCAGAGUCCGCCAACGACAUCGUCGUUUCCGAAUGUAAAUCCGAAUUCUUCAAAGACUGUGACAUCGUCUUUUCUGGGUUGGACGCUGACUACGCUGGUGCCAUCGAAAAGGAAUUCAUGGAAGCCGGCAUCCCCAUCGUGUCCAACGCCAAGAACUACAGAAGAGAACAAGACGUGCCAUUGAUCGUCCCCGUCGUCAACCCUGAACAUUUGGACAUUGUUGCCCAAAAACUGGAGACUGCCAAGGCCCAAGGUAAACCAAGACCAGGUUUCAUCAUCUGUAUCUCCAACUGUUCUACCGCCGGCCUCGUCGCCCCCUUGAAGCCUUUGAUCGAGAAGUUCGGUCCUAUCGACGCCUUGACCACCACCACUUUGCAAGCCAUCUCAGGUGCCGGUUUCUCCCCCGGUGUUCCAGGUAUCGACAUCUUAGACAAUAUCAUCCCAUACAUCGGUGGUGAAGAAGACAAGAUGGAAUGGGAAACUAAGAAAAUUUUGGCCCCAUUGUCCGAAGACAAGACCCACGUCAAACUAUUGACCCCUGAAGAAAUCAAGGUCUCUGCUCAAUGUAACAGAGUGGCUGUGUCUGACGGUCACACAGAGUGUAUCUCUUUGAGAUUCAAAAACAGACCUGCUCCAUCCGUCGAGCAAGUCAAGACAUGUCUAAGAGAAUACGUUUGUGAUGCUUACAAGCUGGGCUGCCAUUCCGCUCCAAAGCAAACCAUCCACGUUUUGGACCAAGCCGACAGACCACAACCAAGAUUAGACAGGAACAGAGACAACGGUUACGGUGUUUCCGUCGGUAGAAUCAGAGAAGACCCAUUGUUGGACUUCAAGAUGGUUGUUCUGUCCCACAACACCAUCAUCGGUGCCGCUGGUUCCGGUGUCUUGAUUGCCGAAAUCUUAUUAGCAAGAAACUUGAUCUAA